GACACACCGGGAAUGGGAUCUUCAGCGAGAGCUAAGAAAAAUUACCAAUUUUUUCGCGUUUAUGCUCUUCAAAGACUACUCUUCAUCCUUCGGGAAUAGUGCCUAACUAACAGAUAACAGGGGACAUCCUAUUCCAAUGUGAAUUCAGGUGAGCGCUUUUGAAAUACAAAAGCGUCGGUUAAAAAGAAAUACGAAUGGGAUGAAAGUUGAAAAUUAGAUUAUAAACAGACAUUUGAUAUUUGGAACCUUAACCCUGAAGAAUAUUUAGGACAAAAAUAUUGAAAUGAUAUACUAACCAAAGAAACAAAAGACACUUCGCAUAAAAAAUAGGCCAGAACGUGGAGCCAAAGAUUUACCAAUUGACUCGUGCGUAAAAAGAGCUCACGCCGUAAUUAAACAGUCUAACACAAAAUCAGUCGUAUAGUGCACUAGGUGAAGUAGUAACUGCAAGUUCGUGAAAGUUUCUGUUUAUGUGUAUGGAGAGUUGCGCGUUGAGGGUUUCCACCUGUAGUUAUCUGUUGCAUUGUCAAAGAAGUUGCCAUGGCAAAGUGGUUCAAGGAUUUCCCCACCAGCCUGAAGACUGGGACCGAUCGGAUCCGUUCGGCCUCCGAAUCUGGUCCCCAGACCCGUCCCAAACCAGUUCUCACAGGCGGUUCUGGGGCAAAGGGUAGUCUGCGCAAAAAUUCUGGAGCGGAGAACGGUGGCAGUGGAGGUGGUGGUGGAGUUGGUUCGCUACUGUCCGGGAGAAAUCGCAAAAAUUCUGCUAUCGAAUUGGGAAGGAACCAUUCAAGCACCGGUUCUGGGUCAAUGAAAGACGGGAAGAUUUGGGAAAUUCUCAUUCCUGGGAAAAACAAGAAGAAUCCCAAGAUGGAAGGUUUUGAAGACCACCGUACAUUGAGAACGACAAGUCUGGCGGAUCCCUACAUGAGCCGAAUGAUCAAGGUGAAAAAACAAGACGCGAGCCCCAAAUACAGCACCGGUAGCGUAGAUUCCACGGCUGCGGACAAUGAGAGGGCAAAGCAAGCAAUCAAGACGGAGACGCUGAUCAUUUUGGAGGACUAUGCUGAUCCAUUUGAUGCAGAGAAAACGAGGGAGCAGAGAGAUGCAGAGAGAGAGGGAGAGAACGAUGGAUAUAUGGAGCCGUAUGAUGCUCAGCUCAUUAUAACAGAGAUUCGACGGCGCGGAUCGAAGGACCUGUUGAAAGUGUGUGUGGUUCUGAAAGGAGGUGAAGGAGAAGGUUCUGGACAGCCGCAGAUCUAUGAUGUGCCCUACGAGGAAGUUCUGGAAGGUAUCCCCCUGACCCGACCCGAAUCGGACACCAGGCCCCCUGCCGAGUAUGAACUGCCCUGGGAGUGGAAGAAAGAGCAAAUUGUCCGUGCGCUAUCAGCUCAGUUUGAUGGUGGGGCAGAGCGCCUGUCUCUCUCUAAAGAGGACAGCAGUCUCCCCGGUGGGAAGCAGCAGACACUAAGACAGAAAAGUUGGACUCCCAAAUCGCUGCGUCCCUCUCCACCCUCCCCCACUUCCCUGUCUUCACCCACCACCCCAGACUCUGAGACCCCCAUAGUGGACCCCACCCUGCCAUUAGAGAAGCAGAGCUGGUAUCAUGGGAGUGUGAGUCGUCAGGAGGCUGAGGCACAGCUGCAGCACUGUAGGGAGGCCAGCUUCUUGGUGCGAGACAGCGAAUCAGCUACCAGCAAAUACUCCAUUGCCCUCAAGACAAGUCAGGGGUGUGUUCACAUCAUUGUUGCUCAGACUAAAGAGUGCGGUUACACACUAGACCAGAGUAGCUGUGUGUUUCCCAGCAUUCCAGAGGUGGUGCAUCAUUACUGUACCCAGCGUUUGCCCUUCACUGGCGCUGAACACAUGACUCUACAGCACCCUGUGCCCCGCACACACUAAAGACACACACACACACACAUACUCAUACACACACACACUCACACACACACACACUGAAGCAUGCACACAUGCCGCAACGCACAGACAAUCACAGUGAAGAGCACAUUAACACACACUACUACAUUAACAUACACAUGCAUACACUCACAUGCACUUGCAUGCAAAGCAACGUAAAAAAAAAAAAAAAAAACCCAUUCACAAAUAAAGGCUAAAUCUAAAAAGUUCUGGAAAAUUCACUGACCUGGGCAACGUGUAUAUGUGAGCCAGGGACCAUACGUUAAGAAAGUCAACCGGGUCAUUUCCUGGGUCAAGAAUUAAAGUCCGCAAUUGGCCGGAGACCGUUUUUUUUUUCUUUUCUCUCCCCACAAACGUGGAUUUCAGUGUCUGUUUGUUUGCGUUGCGCAAUCUAGCCAAUAAAAUGCCUGGAAAUUGGAUAAGUUUGUCUUUGAAACAUUUAAAUUUAUCUCCCGCGUUCUUUUAUUGUUUCGCACGUAUCAUUUUGGCUUGAGUACAUUAUACAACAACAACAACAACAAAAAAAAAAAAAGACAAAGAAAAUCCCCAAAAUAGUGAUAGAACAAAAAAACAGCACUUGCCCACGGCUCCAAACCACAACUGUUGCCCAACAAAUACUGUGACGUUUGCGCCUGGACUUUACGCGUAGUAACCAGGUCCCCCCCCUGCCCUGUCCUUUCCUGGCACAAUUACGUGUGAAUGACUUGUACUUGGGAAGUUAAAUCUUGAUCGUCCAGAUAAGGGUAAAUGUGAAAGGCAUUGCUGGUGUCGCUAACGGACCAGUUCUCUGUCUUGGUUCUGUGUGUAAAAGGAACAAGGCUUAAUUAUGUGCAUAAAUACACACAGCAAACACACUGCGGUCCAAAAGGAUGUGGGUUGUUGUUUGUGAAUGUGUGAGUACUGUGUGUGUGUGUGUGUGUGUUUGUGUGUGUGUCUGUUGAAUCUCAUUCCCUAAAUGCGUAUAUAUAUUGUUCUGACCCUAGAGAAAAUAGUGUAAUGUUCACAUUCUAGUUGAGUAGCAGACCAGUUUGUGUAGUCUUCAUUUUGGGUUUUUUUUGUUUGUUUUUUUUUUAAAUUGUGUCUCCUGUUUUUCCUGUUUGUGUCUUUAAACUAUGAGCGUGUUGAACCGAUCACCCUGUUAUGUGUUCAUUUCCUUAAGUGCCAUCAAAUAGCCUGUUCUUUGAGAGACUUCACUCUUGUGCGCCCCCUAGUGGAAAAAAAACCCCACACUGCACAGGAACCUCUACCCCUCCCUCAGGUUAGAAUAGAUCACCUGAUGCCUUCUCAAUUGUGCAGCUCUGUUGUUCAGCUGUGUGGAUUAAGCCGCCAAGAACAAUGGCUGUGCCUUGUAAAUCUCUUUUUAUUUUUUUUUUCCUCUGCCUUUUGUCGGUAGUUUUAUCACCCGUUAGCGUAGGCUACUGUUUUGUAGCUUCAUAGAAACACUGUCAGAUGUCGUCUUCAGAACAAAAGAGCACCCUAAGUAUUGACAGCUCGGCAAAAGCCGAGAUUAGCUCUUUAGGAUGGAUCAAUACAGCAAAUUAAGGCCCGCACUUUCAUCAGAUCAAUCAAUCCUCAGCGUUGAUUGGCCUAACAUUCUGUCUGUCAGUGACAAAGCAUUCCAUUGAUUCGCCCCAGUCAAGGGAAAGCCAUGUUAUCUGGUUUCAUCUAUAGACGGUGGAGUCAGAUAUAGCCAAGAAGUUACCUGUGAGUCUAGGAAACCAAAUGAGAGUAUCAUUGGAUGAACGAAUGAAAAAAGGAAGAAAAAAGAUUACUGUGCUGAAGGAAGACUGUUAUAUAACAAAGAAGCCUUUUUUUGUUGUUUUUUUGUUUGUUUUUUUUUAGACAUUAUCCACUGUCUGUACUGGUUCUGAUACUGAUUACAUGCGAGUGACUUUAAUAUUGAGGAUUUUGCCUUUGUACAAUGUGAGACCUUGUGAAUCCUGAAAUAAAGCAAUUGCAAUUGUG